GCGACUGGCACUGUAAGGGUGAACGCCGCGGGGCCUGCGCGACCUACUAGACGCGUUUUAAUUAAAGUUGAAUUCCGUCGCGCGGGACGACUUGAGGGAGCGACGUCUCUUACAUAAGUACAAUUUUCGCGUACUAUCCUCUUACCGUCACCACGCCUACUGCAUCGCCGCGUCGGAUGUGAGGACCGUGCAAGAAAAGUCGCGCAUACGGGAAAAUAACAAAGUCGAAGAGUGGCGGGUGCAACGGCAAAGAAUAAGUGCGGAGAGUAUAAUCGCUACUUGGAAAAAUAAAAUGUGUCGCGAUUGAGCUUAGCUGGGCUUACAACACGUGCAGCAUACUUCAGGCGAUAGACGCUGCCUAAAAAAUGAACGAUUUCGGUUACGGAAAACAGGGAAGAAGUAGCAACUGGCACGAUAACGUUCAAAAUGAACAAAAAGAAAUGGAAAAUCGAGAUAAAAAUCAGGACAUAGGAUCUGUGACUCUUAAACGAUUGGAUAGCAUUCAGGAUCCAGGAAAAAGAUACUCUCUACAAGACUGCAUUGGUAGCGGUAUAUGCGGCAAUGUUUACGAAGGGAUUGAUCGGCAAGCUGGAAAUAAGAAGGUUGCCAUUAAGAUUCAAAAGCUCACGCCUGAAACGCAAUCCCUAAUUGUGGAGGAGUAUCGUAUUCUUCGUGAUUUUGCCGGUCAUCCAAAUCUGCCGGAAUUCUACGGAAUAUAUCGCAAACGAUCAGCAAAGAAAUCCGAAUACGAUGAAAUGUGGUUCGUCAUGGAGCUCUGCGAGGGUGGAACAGUCAUGGAUCUCGUUCACGGGAUGGUCGCGAGUAACAAAAGAAUACGAGAGGAACAUAUCGCCUUCAUCUUAAGGGAAGUGAUCAAAGCUUUGAUCCAUUUGCACGAACACAACAUAAUCCACAGAGACAUCCGUGGCAACAAUAUUGUUCUAACGAAGGAAGGCGAAGUGAAAUUAGUGGAUUUUGGACUAUCGAGAACGAUGACUAACGAACUCGAGAAAAGGCACAGUUACAUAGGCUCACCAUCCUGGAUGGCGCCGGAAAUGGUUGGCAGCAAGGAUAGCGGAGCCGACAGUGGAUACGACAGCCGGGUCGACGUAUGGGCGAUCGGCAUCACGGCGAUAGAGCUGGCCGACAGCAAAGCGCCGUUCGAAGACAUGCAUCCGACUCGCGCGCUCUUCCAGAUCGUUCGGAAUCCACCGCCGACCCUUUACCGACCCGCCAACUGGUCGAAGAAUCUCAAUGACUUCAUUUCGGAAUGCCUCGAAAAAAAUCCCGAGAACAGACCGUACAUGAUGGAAAUCAUCGAGCAUCCCUUUCUGUCAGAGCUACCCGAAAACGAUUAUCCUUUAACGCAAGAGAUCAAAGCGCUGACAAUGACUCUAUCGGAAAAGAGCAGAAAACUAAGAAAAUCCGAAUUAAUAGUUCGUAAAGGUUUCCUGAAGACUCGUCAGGAUGAACCACCGGAACAAAUGCUUACGGAGGAUUUAGCGGCAUUAGAUAUCAUAACUGAGGAUAUAAUCCUGAAUGAACUUCGCGAGAGACUAGAACGAGGUGAAUAUCACACGUUUAUCGGCGACAUCUUACUAGUACUCAACCCGAACGAAGAGCACGAUAUUUAUGGUGACCACCAUCACGCAAAAUACCAAUCCAAAUCGCGAUCGGAUAAUGCUCCUCACAUUUAUUCCGUGGCGGAUAGCGCGUUUCAAAAUGUUAUGCUUAACGAAGACUCUCAGCACAUUUUGUUAGCCGGUGAGAGUAACUCUGGAAAAACAACGAAUAUGCUGCAUCUAAUGGAACAUCUUAUGUUCCUCGGAAAAGGUCUACGUGAUACCGGAGCGAUAGUACUGCGAGCUAUAAAAAUUAUUCAUGCUUUCACGAACGCGGCGACACCGCUAAAUGCUAAUUCUACCAGAUGCAUAUUGCAAACACAGACGACUUUCGGAUCAACCGGUAAAGCAUCGGGGGCAAUAUUCUGGUUAUAUCAGUUAGAAAAAUGGCGCGUUUCAACUCGCGACAGAAAUCAAUCAAACUUCCACAUUUUUUAUUACUUUUACGACGGUCUUGAAGCAUCAGAAAAUUUACAAACGUAUUUCCUACCAAGCGGGAGAAAACUUCGAUAUCUUAGAAUAAUCGAUAAAGGCACUGAAAAGAAACGAGGCUUCAAAGUGAGAAACGAUCCGCAAAAUAACGCGAUCAAACUCAAAGAACUUGAGGAAUGUUUCAAGUAUAUGGACAUAGAGGAGCAUUGCGAGAUCAUUUGGAAAAUCCUCGCGGCUAUACUGAUACUCGGGGAGAUUCGAUUCGUUGAAGGCAAUAACGGAGAGGCUGAGUUGGAUAAUAACGAAAUUGCUACAAGAGUGGCGAAACUUCUUGGUUUAGACGAGAAGAAAUUUAUUUGGGCUCUCGUUAAUUACUGCUUGAUCGUGAAGGAAUCAGCGAUACGUAGAAAACAUACUUACGAAGAAGCGAAAGAGGCACGAGAUGUCUUGGCAAACACUCUUUAUCAACGUUUAGUAGACUGGAUAAUCAACAUCAUCAACUAUAAGCUUUCAAUGACACGUAGCCUUUAUGGUGAUAAAUAUUCUAUCAGCAUUUUUGAUUACUUUGGACUCGAAUGUUUCUCAGUAAAUCGGCUGGAACAAUUACUGGUGAACACAAUAAAUGAACAAAUGCAAUAUUAUUAUAAUCAAAGAGUAUUCGCCUGGGAAAUGCAAGAACAGGAAGAGGAGGACAUACCUAUGCGACAAUUACGCUUUUAUGAUAAUAAGGAAGCGGUUGAUCAACUAAUGAGCAAAAAAGAUGGCCUCUUUCAUAUCAUUGACGACGCUUCGCGGCAAAUGCAGGACGCACAGUAUAUUCUCGAGAGGAUUAAAGAACAUAAACGUGGCAUUCACGUGAAACCGGUGAGUUCGCACGAGUUCACAGUUGCACAUUAUACCGGCAAGCUGAUAUACGACGCCAGCGAAAUUGCUACGAAAAAUCGAGACUUUGUGCCACCGGAAAUAAUCGACACGAUGAGAUUGUCUUCACACGAUGCAGUCAAACAAAUGUUCACCAACAAGCUAACCAAAUCGGGAAACCUGACGAUCGUUCACGAAUCGUGUCUCGCGGGAAAUACGCCGAAAAAGAAAUGGAACGUUCUUAUGCAGGAAUCUUCUGCAGUUCGAAAAUAUAACAUUGCGUCCAGAGGACAGUACUCGCAAACGCGCAACAUGAAGACCUGCUCAGCGACAUUUAGAGCGACAAGUCUCGAAAUUCUGAAAAAUCUCGUGAUAGGCACGGGAAAUGGCGGAACGCAUUUUGUUAGAUGCAUACGCUCCGAUCUCGAGGAUGUUCCUCAUAGCUUUUACCGAGAAAUCGUCAGACAACAAAUCAGGGCGUUAGCAGUUCUUGAUACAGCGAAAGCCAGACGAUGCGGAUAUCCGUAUAGGAUACCCUUCCAAGAAUUUCUUCGAAGAUACAAAUUUCUAGCUUUCGAUUUCGACGAGACAGUAGAAACGACGAAAGAUAAUUGCAGAUUACUUCUGAUAAGAUUAAAAAUGGAAGGCUGGAUUAUUGGAAAGACUAAAGUCUUCUUGAAGUACUACAAUGAGGAAUAUCUAUCGCAUUUAUAUGAGACACAAGUAAAGAAAAUCAUAAAAGUGCAGUGCAUGAUGCGUGCCUUUUUAGCGCGCAAAAAUAUCGCUUCAAAGAUCACUCAUGUCAAAAAGGAAAUUGUCAGAAAAGUAUCACUUAAGAAGAAUAGCUCAUAUAAUGAGGAACAAGCAGCACUAAUGAUACAGAAAACAUACAGAGGACAUAUGGUAAGAAAGGAAAUGGAACCCUUACUCAAAGAAAAGAUGAGCCAAGAAACGAAAGAUUUCAUCAAAUUCUAUUACAGCAAAUGGAGAUCAAAAAGCAUGUUCCAAGUCCUCUUACGGUAUCGUGCAGCUCGUUAUCAAGAUUUUGUGCAGUUAUCGCAACAGGUCCAUCUAUACAAUCAAUCGAUAGUGGCAGUUUUAAAGAAAAUAAAUGAAAAUGUACCUCUAGAGAAAAUCGAUCCAAACGCCAAAAUAAAUACCUACACAAAUGAAGUGAAACCACCUCAAGUGUACAAACUGCCUUUCAAUAUACAACAAGAGUUCCCAUAUUUCGAUACAAAUUACAUAAAUGAUCCUUCGAAUAUAAACGUUAAACAUGGAGGGUCUGUAUCGUCUACGAGCGAUGACGAGCACGAAUCCUGGGAUGUACCGUUACGUAGACAAACCGUGCCAUGGGCCAACAAAACUGUUCACACCAGAGAUAUCGAAGUUCAAACAACAAACUCACCACAUCACGCGCUCCUUCAACGUUCCACUGUCAGUAACGAGCAAAGUUUGAUCAACAUUCCAUUCACCAGGGAACCAAAUGUUCCAAUUCAGUGUCCACCGGAGGAGCCAUCCCAUCAUAGAACUUCUGGUUUUCAAUCGAAUAAACGUGAUGUCACACGAUCCUCUGAAUCUUAUACUCCUUAUUCUAACAACCUCAACAAAUCAAUAUAUUCUAAGAAGGAAGUACCACCGCCACUCAAUCAAACGCAAUCAACAACGUGCAAUUUCAACAAGUCAGAUAUUCAGAAUAGAAGCAAUACAGAAUGGGAGUUUGAGAACAAAAUUAAUCGCAAUGUUAAUAAUAAUACUCGCGUAAAUCCUAUCAAAGAAAUGGAAAUGAUCGGACGCAGGAACAACAAUGAUGAAAACGAUGAUACACCUCCAUUUAACUUUCAAGCGAUGCUGCGGAAAACACCCCAUCAGCGUGCUUCGAUGAAACGUAAUCCUGUGUACGAGAACGUUAUACCGUCAGAAUCAAUGUCGAAAUCUUAUCACCGCAAUAGCGACUUAGACAAAUCAAACACUGUUUACAAAAGUGGCAAUAACAAAGAUUCAUCAGAAUGGAGUCCAAAUGAAAUAAUCCUCAUGUCGGAAAAGUAUUCAAAAGAGAAUGCAUGGGAUAAAGAAAGUACCAAAACUAGUGUUACUACGGAAAUAGCACCAGGUAUUAUUAUCAAGGGCUAUGUGGCUGACCUAUAAAAAAUCAAAAAUUGCAUGAAAAUCAAUUAAUUUUAUGUUUAAUCAAUUUAUCUAUCUCUCUUAUUCUGCAUUUAUCACACAGUUCUGGAAAAAAAAAUUGCUAAUUAAAGUUUAGGAAUUGUAAAAAUCAAUGCAAUCAAUUUCUCAUUAAAUUUUAUUUUGGAUGCAUUGCAUCUAAUAAUCCAGAGUUACGACGGAAAUAACACCAGGCAUUAUUAUCAAAGGUUGUAUGGCUGACCUAUAAAGAAUCAGAAAUUGCAUUAAAAUCGAUUAAUUGUAUGUUUAAUCAAUGUGUCUAUCUCUUUCGUUCUGUAUUUAUCUGUAUAUAGUUCUGGAAAGAAAAAAAAUCGCCAAUUAAAGUUUAGAAA